AUGAAGCGGCGGAACUUUUUGCAGCAGCAACGCAGCAGCAGAUGGAGAAUCAAGGCGCUGGUGGUGGUGCUCCUCUUGACCUCCUGCUUCUUGCUGAUACUUAACCACUACCACUACAGCCGAAUUUUCACGUUUGGUGCGCCGGAAGCUCCGCCUCUCGUGGUUGUCCAGAAGCCCAAGAUCGCCUUUCUCUUCAUAGCUCGCAAUCGGCUUCCCUUGGACUUCGUCUGGGAUGCGUUUUUCCAGGGAGAGAAAGAGGGUAAAUUUUCAAUCUUCGUUCACUCGAGGCCUGGGUUUCUCCUCAAUGAGGUGACCACGCGAUCUGCUUACUUUUCUGGCCGUCAGGUCAAUAACAGUAUUCAGGUAGAAUGGGGAGAAGCUAGUAUGAUUGAAGCAGAGCGUAUUUUGCUUAGAAAUGCACUCAAGGAUUCUUCCAAUCACCGGUUUCUUUUUCUCUCUGACAGCUGCAUUCCAUUAUAUAACUUCAGUUACACAUACCACUAUAUAAUGUCUACGUCAACUAGCUUUAUAGACAGUUUUGCAGACACAAAGCAGGGUCGUUACAAUCCAAAAAUGAACCCAGUUAUUCCAGUGUAUAAUUGGAGGAAAGGAUCCCAGUGGGUUGUGUUAACUAGAAAACAUGCUGCAGUGAUGGUCAAUGAUGAUACAGUCUUCCCAGAGUUUGAGAGGCACUGCAGAAGGAGGUCACUACCUGAGUUUUGGAGAGAUCAUCCUCUUCCUACAGAUGGUUCCAAGGAGCACAACUGUAUACCAGAUGAACAUUAUGUUCAGACAUUGAUUGCACAUAAGGGCCUUGAAGGAGAAAUUACACGGAGAACAUUGACACAUACAUUAUGGGAUCUUUCUUCAUCCAAAGAUCGUGAAAGGCGAGGAUGGCAUCCAGUCACAUACAAGCUUUCGGAUGCUACACCUACUCUUAUCCAAAAUAUAAAGGGCAUAGACAAUGUGUAUUAUGAGACCGAAUACAGGAGGGAAUGGUGCAGAAGCAAGGGGCAGCCAUCCACAUGCUUUCUCUUUGCCAGGAAGUUCACACGUGCUGCUGUCAUGAGGCUUCUUAAUACGUCGGCAAUAGUUCCAAAUUGACAAAAUUGACAAAGACCAGAUGCAUUAUACAAUAAUUCAUCUGCUGCUACAUGGGCAAAGGACCUGACAUGUCGUGGGUGUAAAUGAUAGCAAAUGAGAAUUGCCUCUUGGUAGCAGUCUUUACAUAAUAAAUUAGUUAGCAGCCCUACAGAAGGGAUGAAACAUGAGAUUCACACUGUAGAUUGGUUUUGAAUUGUGUAGCGCACCCUUCUGUGAUCUUUUAGCAAACUCAUGCUUUGUUGUAUAUUUAAUCUCCUCUGUAUUUUUUUCUUGUUCCGAGUUGCCGGAAUACUACUCCAUUGCUUCUUACAUGUGAGAAACAAAUAUCAGCUAAUGCUUCUAGCAAGAAAUCUUUUAGAUCU